ACGAAUUUUACCUACCAACAAUAUUAAAAACCCGACAAUACAUGGUAUUUCUGUAUUUAAUCCACAAGGUCCACAACCAUUCCAUAUUCAUAUUCUCUCUUUAAUUAACGUUUGCUUUCUCUUCCAUGGCCAACUCCCACGUGGCAGUUCUCGCUUUUCCAUUCGGCAGUCAUGGUCAGGCUAUCCUCGCCGUCACCCGUCGUCUCGCCACCGCAGCUCCUUCCACCGUCUUCUCCUUCUUGAACACCUCACAAUCCAACUUCUCGUUGCUCUCCUCCGAUCUUCCUCCGAACAUUCGGGUCCAUGACGUGUCCGACGGUGUUCCCGAGGGAUACGUGCUCUCGAGGAAUCCACAGGAGGCGGUCGAGCUGUUUCUUGAAGCGGCGCCGGAGAUUUUUAGGAGAGAACUCGCGGUGGCGGAGACUGAGGUUGGUAGGAAAGUGACAUGCAUGCUCACGGAUGCGUUCAUCUGGUUCGCGGGGGAUAUGGCGGCGGAGAUGAAAGUGUCGUGGGUUGCUUUCUGGACCUCCGGAACUCGCUCACUGCUCAUCUCUACACAGAUCUCAUCAGAGAAACAAUCGCUGUCAAAGAUGGGCGUAUGGAGGAAACAUUAGGGUGUAUUUCUGGAAUGGAGAAGAUCAGAGUUAAAGAUACACCAGAAGGAGUUGUGUUUGGGAAUUUAGACUCUGUUUUCUCGAAGAUGUUGCACCAAAUGGGACUUGCUUUGCCUCGUGCCACUACGGUUUACAUGAAUUCUUUUGAAGAAUUAGACCCUACAUUGACUGAUAACCUCAGAUUGAAAUUCAAACGUUACCUGAGCAUCGGUCCUCUUGCGUUGUUAUUCUCUACUUCGCAAAGAGAAACACCAUUGCAUGAUCCACACGGCUGCUUGGCUUGGAUCAAGAAGCGGUCCACUGCUUCUGUAGUUUACAUUGCCUUCGGUAGAGUCAUGACACCGCCUCCUGGAGAGCUUGUAGUGGUAGCACAAGGAUUGGAAUCGAGUAAAGUGCCUUUUGUUUGGUCGCUCCAAGAGAAGAACAUGGUUCAUUUACCAAAAGGGUUUUUGGAUGGGACAAGAGAGCAAGGAAUGGUGGUCCCAUGGGCACCACAAGUGGAGCUGCUAAACCAUGAAGCAAUGGGUGUGUUUGUGUCGCAUGGUGGGUGGAACUCAGUGUUGGAGAGUGUAUCGGCAGGUGUACCAAUGAUUUGUAGACCGAUUUUCGGGGAUCACGCACUCAAUGCAAGAUCCGUGGAGGCUGUGUGGGAAAUUGGAAUGACGAUUAGUAGUGGAGUCUUCACGAAGGAUGGAUUUGAGGAGAGUUUGGAUCGGGUUUUGGUUCAAGAUGAUGGCAAGAAGAUGAAGUUUAAUGCCAAGAAGCUUAAAGAACUAGCACAAGAAGCUGUCUCUACGGAAGGAAGCUCCUUUGAGAAUUUCAAAGGUUUGUUGGACGAAGUUAUGAAAGUUUGAAGCAAAUAGACUUUGGAUAAAUAAACAAAUAAACAUGUUCUGUUUUGGAAUGAAAAUGAAAAGACCUUUUUUGUAAAAAAAAAGUGAAAGUGAGAAUCUUUAUCCUUUGUUUUUAUUUUUUAUUUUUUUCUGUUAUGGUAACUUUGUAAUUAAUAUA